UCGGUCUCUAUUCGUAUCGUAGUACGUCCGUGUGCGCUCGCGAGAUUUUGGUCAGAUUUUAAUCAUGGCAUUGAACAAUAAUGUCGGGAACCACGUUAUUACAAACGGAGAAGCGUUGCACGACGUACAUGACAAUGAAGAACUUGAUGACGAUUCGCUUGAGACGUUUCUCUUCAGUUCGGAAUCCGUCGGCGAGGGACAUACCGAUAAAAUGUGCGAUCAGAUAAGCGAUGCCAUACUUGAUGCCCAUCUGAGACAAGACCCCAAUGCCAAAGUAGCAUGUGAAACGGCAACUAAAACUGGGAUGAUCAUGGUGUUUGGAGAAAUCACAUCUGAUGCAGUGGUCGACUACCAGCGUGUUGUGAGGGAAACCGUAAAGAAAAUAGGUUAUGACUGCAGCACCAAAGGUUUUGAUUACAGAACAUGCAAUGUGUUGGUAGCUAUUGAGCAACAAAGUCCUGAAAUAGCAGCUGGUGUUCAUCAGCUGAGAAAGGAAGAAGACAUUGGGGCUGGAGAUCAGGGUCUUAUGUUUGGCUAUGCCACAGAUGAGACAGAAGAGUGCAUGCCACUGACUGUGGUGCUUGCACACAAGUUGAACAAGCGGCUGGCGGAGCUUCGCCGAGAUGGCACCUUUCCUUGGGCGGGACCCGACUCCAAGACACAAGUGACAUGCGAGUACUAUUUCGACCAUGGCAGGGCAGUGCCCAUUAGAGUGCACACAGUCGUGGUGUCGACGCAGCAUUCGGAGGACAUUCCGCUGGAUGAACUUCGUAAACAAGUGAUGGAGCAUGUCGUCAAGGAUGUGAUCCCAGCAAAAUAUUUGGAUCGUCGCACAGUUUAUCACAUCAACCCCUGUGGAAAGUUUGUGCAGGCUGGUCCCAUGGGAGAUGCUGGUCUAACAGGUCGUAAAAUCAUUGUGGACACUUACGGAGGCUGGGGUGCCCAUGGUGGAGGUGCUUUCUCUGGCAAAGAUCCCACAAAAGUGGACCGAUCUGCUGCCUAUGCUGCUCGUUGGGUGGCUAAAUCUCUCGUCAGAGGUGGCAUUUGUAAGCGAUGCUUGGUGCAGGUUUCGUAUGCUAUAGGCAUUGCUGAACCACUUUCAAUCACUGUGCUACCUUAUGGUACCUCCAAGUACUCUCAGAAGGAACUGUUGGAGAUAGUGAACAAGAAUUUUGACUUGCGGCCUGGUAUUAUUAUUAGGGACCUGCAGCUGAAGAACCCCAUCUACCAGAGCACCAGUGCAUAUGGACAUUUUGGUCGCAAAGAAUUCCCAUGGGAGAUUCCCAAGAAACUGGUUUUUUAACACGCGCUAUGCCCAGCAAAGUUUUGUGCAUACUAUCGGGUGGGCACUGUUGUGUGCCAUGUGUCUAGGUUUUGCAUUCAUUUCAUUUUGUUAAACAAAAGAAGGUAAUCGUCUUGGAUAAUUAAUUCCCCUGCCAUUUCUUUUUUCGCCCACAUGUCGUUAAUAGCUGGCAGAUAAUUGUGUGCAAGUGUGUGUGUGUGUGCGGACUGCACAAGAACCAUCGUCGUCUCUGUGUUCCAGAAGGGUUAGGGUUGUGAUUUCUACCAUUUGCUCGAGCCUGUCGUGAAGCAGAAACAAAUUGGAUGAAGCAUGUUGUUAAACUGUUUUAUGCUUUUCAAUUUCUUUAAUAAGGUUUCUGCAAUAUCCUACGAAUAUAAUAUAGGGGUCAAUUCUUCGUAGACUGUUUUGUGGACGUCUUUUGUUUUUAGCUUGUUUUUUAUUGUCUCCUUUAUAUUGUUGCACACUGGCUUUUGUUAUAUCUUCCAAUGUAUUGGAGCUGUGUUCUUCACAGCAAUAUAAUCGUGUACGUUGUAGUGCUGUUGUCUGCCAGGCACUAUUAAUGCUUUAUGAGCGAUUGUUGACAUGGGCAUUUUAUUAUAGCACUGCAAGAAAGUCAAUACACCUGCAUUUAUUUCGGAUAUAUCGUGGCAGAUUCUGAACUCCUUUUAUUCGUCACUUCAUUGUUCUUCAUUUGGCAGAGAUUUUGUUACUGUCAAGUAAUAAAUUCUGCUGCUAAAUAAAGGUCAUUUUGGCCUCUCA